CUAAAUUGUAUUUAAAAUAACUAAAUUUGAGCAUCAAGACAUUUUGGCCCUAUUUUCACCCUUCUCUCCCCAGUCUGCAAUGGAAAAGUUUGAGAAGCAGAAGGGUUAGAGUGGGGGAUUGAGAAUCAGAAGUCAUUUCUAAUCCUUGCUGUGACUAUUACUCACUGUAUGAACUUGGGCAAGUUAUUUAACCUCUCUGCCUUGGUUUCCCCUUUAAAAAAUAGAGCCCUGGCCAUGGGGCUUGAAUGGUGUGAGGCAUUAAUAAAUUAACAGUUGUGAAAUAUUUUGAGAUAUUUGGAAAAAAGUGUUCAUGAGUACACAUUAAAAAUAACAGUAGCAAUACCUUGUGCAAACAUGCAUAAAUAAUUUCCAGACAGUAGGUAUGGAAUACAGGGCUGCUCUCAAGCAGUGAGUGACAAUUUUGAAUGAGUAUGACUUCAAGCAACGGGUGAGUUCUACUGGAAACAUUUCAGUGCAAAAUAUUCUUCAUCACAAGAGGGAGAUACUUCAGUAAAAUCCAUUCAAAAAUGAAGGCGUCUCCUUGCAAUUGUAAAUGGAGCACGACCUCUCCAGUGAGGGCUGUGAAGAGUUAAAUCAGACAGUUUCUAAGUGUUGUAGUCUCUCCUCUUCUCUUCCCCACCCUGUUUUUUUCCCCUCUCUGCUCUCUCUCUCCUUCUAGUUUUGGCAGGGGAUUAAAGUAGCUCCCCCCUGUGGCAGCAGUGACCCAGAAAUGAGUUUGAUUCACAGAGUCCUUCCUCCAUAACAAGUAAAAACGUCAGUCUGUGUGUCUGUGUGUGUGUGUGUGUGAGAGAGAGAGAGAGUGAAGGGAGCCACAAUCUGCUCCCACUUUCCCGUGCUUGUCUGAACUCAUGAGGCAGCACAGACCCCUUCGCGCAGAGAAACUCCAACCUCACUGGCAACCAUCGCGGCGGCAGCAGCAGCAGGCCACCAGCUGUUUCCCGUGGAGAUCAUGAAACGAGGUCGGCUUCCUAGCAGCAGUGAGGAUUCUGAUGACAAUGGCAGCUUGUCCACCUGGUCCCAGCAUUCCAGAUCACGACACCGGAGGAAUUCAUGCUCCAGACAUGAAGACCGAAAACCUUCUGAGCUGGCACCCAGCAACCUUUCCUCUGGCCGGGAGUUCAGCUGCUACCACAGUCACUGCCAGCACCAAGUGUUCAGAACGGACUUGAUCACUGCCAUGAAGCUACCCGACUCCUACCAACUGAACCCUGAUGAGUACUAUGUGCUGGCAGACCCCUGGAGGCAGGAGUGGGAAAAGGGAGUUCAGGUGCCAGUUAGCCCGGGGGCCAUCCCCGAACCAGUAGCCAGGUUUGUGUCUGAGACAAAAGCAGUCACAUUUACAAGACCCAGGAAGUACAUCCUUUCUUCAGGUUCUGAGCCUCCUGAGCUGGGGUACGUUGACAUUCGAACCUUGGCGGACAGUGUGUGUCGCUAUGACCUCAAUGAUGUGGAUGCAGCAUGGUUAGAACUGGCCAAUGAAGAAUUUAAAGAGAUGGGAAUGCCUGAACUGGAUGAGUACACGAUGGAGAGAGUCAUGGAGGAAUUUGAACAGCGAUGCUAUGACAGUAUGAAUCAUGCUAUUGAGACUGAAGAAGGGCUUGGGAUCGAGUAUGAUGAGGACGUUGUCUGCGACGUUUGCCAGUCCCCAGAUGGGGAGGAUGGCAAUGAAAUGGUGUUCUGUGACAAAUGCAAUAUUUGUGUACACCAGGCAUGUUACGGAAUUUUAAAGGUGCCAGAAGGCAGCUGGCUAUGCCGGACCUGUGCGCUUGGUGUUCAGCCAAAGUGUUUAUUGUGUCCCAAGAAAGGUGGAGCUAUGAAGCCUACUCGUAGUGGGACGAAGUGGGUCCAUGUGAGCUGUGCUCUGUGGAUUCCAGAGGUGAGUAUUGGCAGCCCAGAAAAGAUGGAGCCCAUAACCAAGGUCUCUCACAUUCCCAGCAGUAGAUGGGCAUUAGUGUGCAGCCUUUGCAAUGAGAAGAUUGGGGCAUCCAUACAGUGCUCGGUGAAAAACUGCCGAACAGCUUUUCAUGUCACAUGCGCAUUUGACCGUGGCUUGGAGAUGAAGACCAUCCUGGCGGAGAACGAUGAGGUCAAGUUCAAGUCUUACUGCCCCAAGCACAGCUCCACCAAGAAACUGGAUGAUGAAAACCUCAGUGAAAACACCAGCCAUGAGAAUGGGACACAAGACAGCUCCCCUUGUGCCCAUAUAGAGUCCUUUCACAGCCUUGAUCAAAACCAGGAGGAGGCCCACAGGGUCAGUGUCCGCAAGCAGAAGCUCCAGCAGCUGGAGGAUGAGUUCUACACAUUUGUCAAUGUCUUGGAAGUGGCCAAGGCCCUGCGGCUGCCUGAAGAGCUGAUGGAGUUCCUGUACCAGUACUGGAAGCUUAAGAGGAAAGGCAAUUUCAACAAGCCCUUGAUAACCCCAAAGAAAGACGAAGAGGACAAUCUGGCCAAGCGGGAGCAGGAUGUUUUGUUCAGGAGACUGCAGCUCUUCACGCACCUCCGGCAGGAUUUGGAGAGGGUUCGGAAUCUGACUUACAUGGUGACCCGAAGGGAGAAGAUUAAGAGAUCUAUUUGCAAAGUCCAGGAACAGAUAUUCAAUCUCUACACAAAACUUAUGGAUCAAGAAAGAGUUUCAGGUGUGCCUUCCUCCUCCUCAGUAGAAAACGUGGUAUUGUUCAACAGUCCACCUUUGGGUCCUGAUGCUCCCAAGAUAGAGGAUUUGAAGUGGCAUUCUGCUUUCUUCAGGAAGCAAAUGGGCACUUCUCUGACACACACACUGAAAAAAUCACACAAGAGAGACAGAGUAAGGAACAGCUCUGGGAGUGACAGCAAAUCCCUGCUCAAGCAGCCCAGCCGAAGGGAAGGUGUUGCAACUCCAGGUACCUUUUUAAAUUUUGAAAAGGCCUUUGCAGAAGCACGCAUUGUAUCAGCACAACAGAGAAAUGGGAUAGUUAUGACAGACCACAGGAAAAGAAGAGACAAUCAUUCCCCUUAUGAGGUAAUCAAGGCAGAACUGAAGGAAAAGCCUUCCAAGCACAGCCACAAGCCACUGACAUCCACAGAAGUGUCUCAGAGGCAAUCAGAAAACAAAAGGUCUGUGAACCAUCCAGGUGGUAGGUCAGCACCUGGCACACGGAGGGAUAUAGUGCCUAAAUGCAAUGGAUCUCUCAUCAAAAUAAACUGUAACCGGCCUGUAGUUAAAGUGCCUACUACACCCACAAGCCCAGUGAAAAACUGGGGCGGAUUCCGAAUUCCAAAGAAGGGGGAGAGACAACACCAGGGAGAGAUCCAGGAGGAGACCUGCCACCAGAACUCUAACUAUCCAUACUUGGGCAUGGGCAGAGUUUUGCCUAAAGACAGGGCAAAGAGCAAACUAAAGACAGACAGGGAAAAUGAUGGGUAUGCUCCAGAUGCUGAAAUGAGUGACUCAGAAACUGAGGUGGCUGAGAAAAAAUGCAGACAGCAAAGGCUUAGUCCAAACAGCACUAUCAACAGGAGGACAGAUAUUAUUAGGAGAAGUAUCCUCGCUUCCUGACUGGACAGUAAGACAUCUUCAGCACCAUGGUCAAUAGAGGCACUGCCUACAAACCCACUCUGCAUUAUUUAUUGGUGUGAGGAGGGGAGCAUGGGGUUUUAGACAUGGCUACAGAUUGACAAAGAGAUAAACAAGCUGUAUAAACAUGUUUACGUGCACUUAAGACUACGAUUUUGGCCCCUGUCCCUGAGUCCUUAUAAUCUGUUUCUGUGAGAAGUUUGAAUCUUUUUAUUUGCAACUUUCUUGAGGAAACAUGACAACAUCACUAUUAAAAUGGAAUCUUUGGCAGAACACUAAAAGAAUUCAUUAAACACGGGGGGGGGGGAAGGGGAGGUUGCAUCUGUCUCUCUUUAGCAAAACAGCACUGACAAGCAUUUUUUCCUCUCCCCAAAAGCACAAGCUGUUAAAUUAACUAGUGUAUACUAUAUCAAAUCUGGUUAGUUAACCAUCCAGCAUUUCUAAACCCAUUACAAAUGCUCACUUUCCUUGGACUGUGGCAGGUCUUUAAGGUCUGCAAAAUGUUUUUGGUGUAUUAGAGUUCAGCAUACAUGGCAGCUCUAAAUCUUCCGUAACUCCAGAGAGUUUACAUGUAAAUACAUCCAACAGGUAGUCAGUUUUAACCACAAUUAUGGGAGAAAAAUGAAGGGGACAGGUUUGAGCUGCAGCUGCCUAGUGAUACAACAGUAACAACAUGAAAAGACCCAGUCUGAGCACAGAGCCAUACUCUUAAGUUCCUCAAUUCUGGGGAAGGAAUACAUUUAGAAGAUAGUUUGUCCAGUUCUGAGAAAGGGACAAAUUUAUGGCUUACUGCAUUCUAUGGAACAAUCCACAGAGCAGCUUUACCAUUAUCCAGUCACCUGCCCUCCAGGAAUACGAUGAUAAUUCGAGUGGGCAUGACUAACUUGAAGGCACUAGUCAGCAGGAUUUCCCAACGCCAGCCACUUAUGCACUAAUGGUAUGUACUGGGACAUCCAAGCAUCUGACACUAAAGCGUUACUUUAAAAAAAAAAAAAACAAAUAUAUAUUUUUAAAUAGAAUUAAAAGGAAAGGCAAUAAAUUGUGAUUAGCUCUUUACAUUCAGACCAAGAUAAAGUGAUUUCAUUCUAUUCUGGACUAGAAUUGAUGAGAGAGGGAGCUCACAGUCUGAUUACAUAACUUUUUUAAAUAACCACGAAUGGCAAUAACUUGUGAGUAAGCUAUCAGCAAUAACAUUAACAGUACAUAGAGAGAGAUUUUGUUUGUGCACUGAAUAGAGUGCAUAUGUAUCAUAACAAUGGAUGUUAUAAGAGCCUGAAGUCUUUGGAAUUCUGCAUCAACGUAAGGCAGACAUGAAAUUGUUGAAAUUAAGUUUAAGCAGCAGUGAGUUUAGAAAUAUGGGCAGAUGGAAGAAUCCCUUUUUCUUUUCCCCCACCCACUACUAUCAGUAUUCAAUUACAUAAUACAUUUUAACAUUUAACCCCUCCUUAUUGGGGCAGGGAAAGAAUAAAGAAACAAUAGAACUUUGCUGUUAACUUUAAGUCUUCCAGAGGAUUCAGUUGACAAAAUAGGCUUAUUGACAUUCCAUCUUGCUAUGCAAGUUAUCAAAUUAAAAACUUCAAACAAAUGUUUAAAACUAAAUUGAGACGUAACCUUUUGACACUUAAUGGAUAAUCUUGGGAAGGGGAAAUGUUUGUAUUGAAACAAUACUUUGUUUAAACAUUGCUGCUCCUGAGAAACCAGAUUCAUCUCAUGACUUUGCUGGUCAGAUUAAUUUGUUGUUGCACAUAACAAAGGAGGAAUGGUGGAUCUGAGUCAUACAGAGAUUCACUCUUGAUGUGACUUAAAAUAUUAAAGUUCUCUUUGAUUAAAAUUUUUUUAUUGGCUAUGGGAGAAGAGGGAAGUACAGUUGAUUUCACUUUUAAAUUCAGCAACAUUUCUAGAUGAGGGCUAAGUUUAUUACUGUAAGGAGGUUGUGAUAUAGGGAAUUAUUUGUCAAGCCAUAGAAGGAAAAAAAAAUAAAUUUGAUUUUAAGCAAACAUUUAACCUCACAUCAGUUUGAAAGAGGUACCUGAUUCAUUUGCACUAUUAUGAAUGCUAGCAUUGUGCAGAAAGAAUGCCUUAUAUGUUUUACUCCCCACACAUUUAGGUUAAUAAGCUUUCUAAUGUUCCACUUUAUGCUGAACCAAAUAAAAAAGCGCUUUUCCCAAACCCCUAAUUACAAAAAAAAGCUACAAGGCAAGCUAAUUGCAGUAUGGCCAGCUGUAAAAGUUAGUUUCAUGCCAGGCUUAGCGCUCAGCAACAGAGGAGUCAUAAGUAUAGCAGUAACAACCCAAACCCACCCCUUGUGUUUUAUUGGUAUGAAACCAUUCAUUCAUUUUUUUUAAGCUUUACCUUUCCUUGUGCAGAUUGACCAAGCAAUCUCUUUGAUUAUGAUUGGUGUAUUAUGUCAAAAUGUAGGCUAGUUGAACUUUUGUAAAGUUGCCUGGAAUGCCAUUUGUUAGGGUAUAAACACACACAAAUCUAAAUGAAGGGUUUAUUCGUGUCAUGUGUGCAAAUCUUUAUUAUUUUAAAAAUUUGAAAAAAAUUGUCAUUACAUUUGUAAAAUCUUGUACAGAAGAUUUUUCACUAUGUGCCUAGCUUUGGUGUCCAUUCAGCUAAAAUUAAAAAAAAAAAAAAGGUGCAUGACGAGAAACUGAUAGAAUCAGAGAUAAAAAGUAUAUGUAGAGAUGACUAUUUUAUAUUACUUGGCCCAAACCUGUAUUUAUUUUCCCCCUUUUCUGAAGUAUUUAUAAAGAUCUAGUUGAAGACAGCUGUAUUUUUUUGUUAAAAUAUUUAGUAGAAUUGUGCCUUUUUGUCUGUAUGUGAAUAAAUGCUGUACAUUUUGCAAUA